AUGAAGAUCUACAGACACUACAACUAUUCCUGUGCUGUUACAGGAUAUGAGGAUUUCCCUUCUCGUUCAGUUUAUGCUCCAAAGCUUCCCUCUGUGUCAGUGAGUCCCUCUGCUGAGAUAGUGGAGGGCAGUUCAGUGACUCUGACCUGUAGCAGUGAUGCUAACCCAGCAGCUAAAUACACCUGGUACAAGAAGAAUGUAAAUCCAGACCUUCAACCUCUCAGUAAAGAACCACAGUUUAUCUUCAGCUCCAUCCAGUCCUCUGACUCUGGAGAGUAUUACUGUAUAGCUGAGAACCAGCUGGGGAAGAAGACAUCUGAAUACAUCUUUAUUGAUGUGAAAUAUGCUCCAAAACUUCCCUCUGUGUCAGUGAGUCCAUCUGCUGAGAUAGUGGAGGGCGGUUCAGUGACUCUGACCUGUAGCAGUGAUGCUAACCCAGCAGCUAAUUACACCUGGUACAAGGAGAACCAAACACUGCUUCAAAGGUCAGAAGGACAUUUUCAUUUUACCUCCAUCAGCUCUGAGGACAGAGGGAUCUACUACUGCAAGUCUGAAAAUAAAUAUGGACUGGUCAACUCUUCAUUUCUAUUCAUUGAUGUCCAGUAUGCUCCAAAGCUUCCCUCUGUGUCAGUGAGUCCCUCUGCUGAGAUAGUGGAGGGCAGUUCAGUGACUCUGACCUGUAGCAGUGAUGCUAACCCAGCAGCUAAAUACACCUGGUACAAGAAGAAUGUAAAUCCAGACCUUCAACCUCUCAGUAAAGAACCACAGUUUAUCUUCAGCUCCAUCCAGUCCUCUGACUCUGGAGAGUAUUACUGUAUAGCUGAGAACCAGCUGGGGAAGAAGACAUCUGAAUACAUCUUUAUUGAUGUGAAAUAUGCUCCAAAGCUUCCCUCUGUGUCAAUGAGUCCCUCUGGUGAAAUCAUUGAGGGCAGUUCAGUGAAUCUGACCUGUAGCAGUGAUGCUAACCCAGCAGCUAAUUACACCUGGUACAAGGAGAAUGAAGACUCACCAAAAGCAUCAGGACAGAUCUUCACCAUCACUGAUGUCAGACCUGAACACAGUGGGAAUUACUCCUGUGAAGCCCAGAACAGAAGAGGACGCCAUAACUCCACCUUGCAUCUGACUGUUCUGGACUCUUGUCCCGUGUAUGAGAACGUCUCAGACUUGAAGGUCAACACUGGAGCAGAGACAGAUGACGAAGAGAUCUACGAAAACCUGAAGUAA